AGAAGAAUGCUAUAGAUAUCGGCUAAUCUGUAUAUAUAUAUGGCGGUUUCGCGGGUUCACAUUCAAUUCAAUGUUAUGGUGGUGAGGGUGUGGGAUAGAAAUUGUAUUGACGUGCCAGUUAUGGAUAUCACCUUACACACUCUUAUUGUAACUGCUGUGGCAUCAAAAGUAUAUUCAUUACCAGUACCAGAUCCAUAUUACAAUAACUUUGUGUAUCCUGAUGAAGAGUUCCAUGCGUAUGAUGAAGAUCAUAUAGCAAACCGACAGGCUGAUACAGAGAAUGGGUCAAGGUCAAAUGUGGUAGAACCACCAAGGCGCUAUGGGUAUCGUGCUUUUGAUCUAGCAUCAGAGGAUACUUCGCAUCGAAGAAUAUCUGUUGAUAACCCAACUGGAUCUCAAGCACGCCAUGAUCGCGGUUCUGUAACCCAUCCAUCUGCUGAUAGUACGAAAAAGUAUAUUUCAAUUGGAACAACGUUCGGUGGUAAAGUGUAUCAGCAGCACAAUCCAGAAAGCAGAGAAGAAUUGUUGCAAAGUGCUCAGACUAGAUAUUACUAUUAUUAUCCGUAUUUUCGUGUGAGACGUAUUUCUAGAAGAAGAUGGUCGCGACCCAGGCAUCCUUUGUCAAAUUACGAAGAUAGUUAUGAUAAAUUUCCUACUGUAGCGUAAGACAAUUAUAUUGAUCUAU